AGAAGUUUUUAUAAAAAUCGCAGAUUCGCACAAAUUUUCUGUUUACCAACAGCGCGCUGCCGUGAGUAGAGAUGGCCCAACCUAAUGAAAUUCCGAACGACCGGAAACUUUCCGAGAUUUUCGAGGAGGCAUACAAACUGAUGGUGUCCUUCGAAACCUGCUACGAGCCGACAAACAGUCCCGAAUUUCAGGCAAAUAUAAAAAAAUGUAUCGGCCUGUACGAGGACUCGACCCGACUGGUCAGUCUCUGUGGGCUGUUCAGUGCUAAUGAAUCGUACGAGGAAGUGGCCACCGAAAACCUACGGUACCUGCUGUUGCCUUUCUUCCUGGCCCAGCUGACACAGAAGCUAUGCAAAGCCGACCGGAAGGAGGUCGUCGAGGUGGCUGAGGUUUAUUACAAGGAUUUUCUGAGCCGAUGCGAAGAAUAUAAGCUAUGUGAUAAACCAGAAUCGUCUUUGGUGCCGGCCAACAAUUCGAGCAACUCCGGGGACCAGAUGCAACAACUGGCUCGGAUGACUCAGGAAAGGAACGCUAAGUUGAGAAAAUAUCAGGAAAAGAAGGAACUGGACGACCAAAUCAAACAGUUGAAGAUCGCUAUGGAAAAAGAACACGUAGAGGACGAUAUUAAACGUGACUUUUAUAUGAAGUUGCUGAAAUCCUGCAUACUGGAAGCACGUGACGAGCUUGUCAGUAUCGGUCAGGAGAAACAGAUUCUUGAGCACAUCGCCGUGAUGCGGCGGAACGAUGGAGAAAGCGAUGGUCAAACUAGUAAGCUAGCUAAAGGACCAGCUCCGAGGCCGUUGAAGCCGAUUAUCAUUACUCGGGAUGUGCUGCAGAAAGCUAUCUACGGCGCAGGCUAUCCUAGUUUGCCCACCAUGACCGUCGACGAGUUCUAUGAUCAACGAGUGAGGGAAGGAAUCUUCCCGGACGAAGAAAGAAUGAAACAAAUCAACAAAAAUUCGCUAAUGAAUCGGGUCUAUCAGGAUCACGAGGCCGAACAAGACAAAGAAGACGAAGAAAAUGAGAAGCUGACGGAACAAGACGAUGAAGAGUAUUUGGCUCGUCAGCGCGCGAAAGACGAAUACAGGGACGAUCAUCGACGCGGAGAAGGAAAUCGUUACAACCGUAGCUAGAUUGUUAGAUCCUGAACGGUGUUUGCUUUCUGGUGGAGAUAAAUUAUUGAAUGCAUAAAUGGCAGUCAUUAACUUGAUGCUGGUAUAAAACCUACUGUGGAGUAUUUCGACAAAUGUGUGAUGUUAAAUUUAUCGAGUGCGAAAUAUAAAUCUUGAACUCA